GCGCCCAAAUCAGCUUCAACCGAUAAAAAGUUCGAUUACCUCUUCACCGCUAUCUCUCCCGUCGACGACUCUUUCCUUCCCCGGAGCUUCGAACAAAGCCAAACCCCUCUUUUUAAUUCCUUCGGUGAUGCCCUAGUUGAAGAUCUUCCGCUGCACUGCAUUAGGGUUCUUCAGUUAACCUACUACUUACCCACCAACUCAAUUUCAAGCCCUUGUCCUUCCCUUAAACACGGAAGCUUCCCCUCCUGCAUCUACAUCUUCGAUGCAGGCUGAAAACUCAUUUCAUAUCAGCUAAUUGACACGCACGCCAUGAAUGCCCCAAUUAUAGAUCCGUUGCAGGGGGAUUUUCCAGAAGUGAUAGAAGAGUAUUUGGAACAUGGUAUCAUGAAAUGCAUUUCUUUUAAUCGUCGUGGCACUCUUCUUGCUGCUGGGUGUUCCGAUGGAAGCUGUGUUGUCUGGGACUUUGAGACCAGAGGAAUUGCAAAAGAACUCAGGGAUAAGGACUGUGUUGCUGCCAUAACUAGCGUUUGCUGGUCAAAAAACGGUCAUCAAAUACUUGUUUCAGCUGCCGAUAAGUCAUUGUGUCUAUGGGACGUUGUGAAGGGAGAGAAGAUCUUCCGAACAACAGUGCAUCAAACCCCGUUACAAGCUCGUUUACAUCCGGGUGGUGGCUCUUCAGAAUCAACUCUUUGUCUAGUUUGUCCUUUCUCGUCUGCGCCCAUGAUCGUUGAUUUGCGCAACGAAACCACAACUAUGCUCCCAAUAUCAUUGUCUGACAAAGGCAGUGGACUCGCCCCUCCAUCACGCAACAAAUUUUCAGAUGGAGCGGCCCAUUUUACACCAACAGCAGCCUGCUUCAAUAAGUAUGGGGAUCUGGUUUAUGUGGGGAAUUCGGUAGGGGAAAUUCUUAUAAUCAAUCACAAAGACAAUCGGGUUCGUGGUGUUGUCCCAAUUUCCGGCAAUGCAGUGAUAAAGACUAUAGUAUUCAGUAGAGAUGGGCGCUACCUUCUUACAAACUCAAGUGACCGUACAAUAAGGAUAUAUGACAAUCUUUUGCCCUUGAAAGAUUCACUCAAAGCUCUUGAUGAAAUACAUGAGCCCACAAAUGAGGUUGAAACGUUAAAGGCAGUCGGUUUGAAAUGUUUGUCGCUCUUUCGGGAGUUUCAAGAUUCCAUCACCAGAGUUCACUGGAAAGCACCGUGUUUUAGUGGCGAUGGUGAGUGGGUCGUUGGCGGUUCUGCUAGUAAAGGCGAGCACAAAAUAUACAUUUGGGAUAGGGCUGGGCAUCUUGUGAAAAUUCUUGAAGGUCCAAAGGAAGCAUUGAUGGAUUUGGCGUGGCACCCUGUUCACCCAAUAGUUGUUUCUGUGUCAUUGGCCGGUUUAGUUUACAUUUGGGCCAAAGAUUACACCGAGAAUUGGAGUGCAUUUGCACCGGAUUUUAAGGAACUUGAGGAAAACGAGGAGUAUGUGGAACGAGAAGAUGAGUUUGAUUUGAUGCCCGAAAGUGAAAAGGUGAAAGAAUCGGAAACAAAUGAAGAUGAUGAAGUUGAUAUUAUAACCGUGGAGAAGGAUUCAGCAUUUAGCGAUUCAGAUAUCUCGCAGGAUGAACUAUGCUUCUUGCCUGCAGAUCCGUGUCCUGAUGUUCCCGAGCAGGAUAAACACGCUGGAAGUACUUCAAAACUAGGUGAUAGCAAGAACUCUGAUUCCCCACUUUCAGAAGAGACGGCAGUCGAUGGCCGGGCAAUGAACCAUGAUUCCAAUCAAAUCGAAGGACUGGAGAAUUCUGGUGCUGAAGAUACGGCAGGGGUGACGCACUUGAAAAGAAGGCGAAAGCCGUCCGAGAAGGUGUUGGAACUGCAGCAGGCACAGAAGGUUAGGAAACCGUUACAGAAAGCGAAAGCCGCAGCUUCUUCAGGUAAAUCUUCAAAAACCAAAACUAAAUUUGGGAUUGAACAAGAACAUGAUAUGAAUCAUUUUGCAGAUGAGAAUGGGAUUGAUGAUUAGCUGACCCUUAUUGUACUAGUUUAAAGAUUGAAAGUAUUUAUUGACAUUUAAAGUUUUUCUCCA